UUUGUAAAAGAACUGGGUACUUGUAAAUCUUGUACGACGCUUGCAUUCCAUAUUCAUGUUUUACCUCCUAAACUUUUCACAAAAAAUUUGCAGAGGUGAACAACAAGUGGAGAUCACCAAAAGCUCCAAGCCUUCUACAUUGCAGCUCAGAAAAGCAAAUAGCAAAAACCUUAAGAAGGAAACAGAAUUGUUGAGAGAGAAUCCAUUGCACAAUUUUCCUCGUCGGCCUUGUGACAUUGUUGGCGAUGUCAGUUAUGAAGAGUUGCGAGUAGUGGCAUAUGAAGAUGCUAAGAAAGGGUUGCCUUUGCAAGCAAUUGUAAGUUGA